GGCGGAUCUAAGACCUCUAUAAAUGGUGAGUGGAAUGUCUUUACCAAACCAUCAAAGACGUAUACAACGUGGUGCCUUGUGUAGCUGAGUGUAUAUUCACAGUCACUGGAGAUCUAGAUAUAUAUAGGUUGUUGUGAUGAGUGCUCGUGGUGGAGUGUGUGUAGUGCAGGGGGAGGUGUCUCAGUUGCUCUCGGCCAUACGACGCGGCGGCCAUUGGUCAGGUCAUGUUAGAACAGAGGACAACCAAGACCCUCUCAUCCAGUCCCUGUAUCAGCUGCAGUCCACUCUUCAUCACACUCACUGUCUCUCUGGACUGGACGUGUGUGCCUUCAUCGCUCCAUUCUGUGCCAUCAUUCAGAGUGAUGACACCACAGGGCCUGUCACAGGGAGAGCCAUAGCAGCUCUGGACAAGUUCCUCGCUUAUGGUCUUAUUGAUCCCGCCCACUCAUCCGCCCCCAGUGGAGUAGAGAGCCUAUCAGAAGCCGUCACUCACGCAAGGUUUGUAGGUACCAACCCAGCUAAUGACGAGGUGGUUCUCAUGAAGAUACUCGAGGUGUUACGCACGUUACUCCUGUCUCCCGCUGGUCGGUUGCUUAGCAACGAGAGUGUCUGCGAAGUUAUGCAAUCAUGCUUCAGAAUCUGCUUUGAAAUGCGACUAACUGAGCUCCUCCGUUGUCAGGCUGAGAGUACGUUGGUUGCCAUGGUAGCACUGCUAUUCUCACGACUACCAGAGUUCAGUGAAGAGGCUCACAGCAUCGACGAUGCAGGCAGUGUUAUAGACCAGACGCUGUCUCACAUCCCAGUGAUGGAUGACAGAGGGGAAUCCCCUGAGCUGGACGGAGAAUCCCCUGAUGACAUUAUCGUACUAGAUGAGGGGGAAGCCCCUAGUGAUCAGGCGCUCGAAGAUGUAUCACAUGACACGGAAGAAGAGUCACAUGAUCUGGAGGAGGUGUCACAUGACGGGGGUGUAACUAACGUUGCCAUAGCACCCCAUCGUCACAAACCAGGAGCACUGUGUCCAUACGGACUACCUUGUGUUAAAGAACUGCUUCGAUUUCUCACAUCCAUUAUCAACACUUCAGAAAAAAAUAACUCUGAGCCCAUAGUGGCUAUUGGACUUAAUCUUGUCACCGUGGCGAUAGAGAGAGGCUCCACCCACUUGUGCCAGUACUCGUCCCUCACUGCCCUAGUGCAGGACAGUCUCUGCAAGUUCCUGUUAAAUUUGUUGUCCAGCGAAAGCUUUCUCCUGUUCAGCCGCACUCUAAAGUGUUGCUACCUCCUCUUUCAGUCGUGCAGGCCAGACCUCAAGCUGCAACUAGAGGUGUUCAUGACUCGACUGAUGGAGCUGGCAGCUUCAGAGAGUGGCUCUAGGCUGACCUACGAUAAGAAGGAACUUGCUCUCGAGUGUAUAGUUCAGUUGUGUCAUUUGCCCCACUUCACUGCUGAGCUCUACGUCAACUUUGACUGCAGCCUGUAUUGCUCCAACGUGUUUGAGACACUCACUAAAACACUCUCCAAGAACUGCUUUCCCUCACAAGGAGCCUUGUUCCCCACACACCUCCUCUCAUUGGACGCUCUACUCGCCAUCAACGACAGACUAGAGAAUGGUCAUGUGACUAACCAAGACGACCAAUCAAAACCAGAUAAUCAAGUUGAUCUGGGGGAAGAUAGACCACACCCACUCACUGACGACACAAGAAGCUGUGAGGGUGUGAGAAGUGUGAUGCCUCGUCCCAAAGAACUGCUUAAAAUAAGACAGCAGAAAAAAUUAAUUUUGGCCGCUACUGAGCAGUUUAACAAGAAGCCAAAAGUGGGUGUGGCCUUUCUCCUUGAGCAGGGGGUGCUCCAUUCACCUUUGAACCCUAACGAAGUUGCAGGGUUCCUAUUGGAUAAUCCAGGGCUUGUUAAAGCACGCAUUGGAGAGUACGUGGGCGAGAGGAAGAACACGGACAUUUUGCACGCCUUUGUCAGGCGUAUCCCAGUGCAUGGUGUGGCUCUGGUGGAUGCUCUGAGGGUCUUCCUAGAGAGCUUCAGGCUGUUGGGGGAAUCCCCCGUCGUGGAGAGAAUACUGGAGUCAUUCUCACAACACUGGCUCGACUCUAAUGCUGACAGUGACCUGGGUAGGCAGUUUGCUAACAGAGAUGCAGUACAUGUGCUCACCUACGCUAUCAUGAUGCUCAACACUGAUCUUCAUAGCAAACAAAUCAAGAAGAAAAUGACUAUCGACGAGUUUGUGCGUAACCAACGCAAGACCAACAACAAACUAGACUUCCCACGAGAGUUUCUCAUUUCAGUCUACCACAAAAUAAAAGAAGAGGAAAUCAUAAUGCCGGACGAACACACAGGAACAGUCAAGGAGAAUUACCAGUGGAAGGUGCUUAUUCAUCGCUCAGCUAGUGACGAGGGUACGUUCCUCUCGGUAACAGACGACCUAUUUGAUCACGACCUAUUUCUGUUGUCAUGGGGACCAACUGUGGCAGCACUCUCCUUUGUAUUUGAUAAUGCUGAAGCUCGAGCAAUUGUGGACAAAGCCAUCGCUGGAUUCAGUAAGUGCGCUUGUGUGGCUGCUCGCUAUGAACUGAGGGAAGUGUUUGAUAACCUCAUCAUCUCACUCUGCAAGUUCACCACUCUACUGCACACUCAUGAGAGUGCUAGCUCGCUGUACUAUGCUCUGGGGGUGAACCCCAAGGUACGCCAGAGUGUGCAGGCCAUGUUCUCACUGGCACAACAAUAUGGGGACAUCUUGAGAGAAGGUUGGAAGAACCUACUAGACUGUCUACUGGCACUAUUCAAGGCUAAGCUACUACCUGACACCAUGGUGGAGGUCUCAGAUUUCCUCCAUUGUGAAGGGAAGGUGUCUCUGUAUCGUGAGGAGGUCACCACACGUCAAGACUCCUCCCUCCUCUCAUCACUAUAUAGCUACUGGUUGCUAAGCAAUGACCAAUCAGGGAAGGCCCUUACUCCGAGCGAAAUCAAGGCCAGGAAAACAGCACUCGAGUGUAUACAGGACUGCCAUCCUGAGCAGUUAUUCACAGAGAGCAAGUUCUUGAGAAGUGAUUCUCUACUAGAGCUAGUCAAGGCUCUGAGCUUUGCCUCCAGAGGACCUGAGCAUCACCACAGCCUCGGGACUGUGUUUGAUGAAGAGGCUGCUGUGUUCUUUGUAGAGCAACUUGUGAUCGUUGCAGUGGAAAAUAAGGAUCGUGUGUUGCUGUUCUGGGAAGACCUUUCCACUCAUCUCUCUCGGAUCAUCCUCACAGCGGGUUCCCAUGGUUACAUGCUGGAGAGGGGUGUAGUCUCAUUGCUCCGACUGGCUGUUAGAUUACUAUCAAGGGAGGAUAUGACCACUCAGCUGUUAUCGUCUCUCAAAGUCCUCCUGUCCCUCCCACCCCCCACAUCCUCCACACUCUCACAAGACCUGCACAAACAAGCGGCCAAUGGGAUUACGGAGCUGGUACAAGCUAGGGCAUCACUGAUAACGCAGCGAUCUGAUUGGUCGAUUCUAUUCACCAUCAUCGAGUAUAUUGGUCUCGGAAUAUCUCCUGAACAGUCUAGCAAUGUGGUUGCCGUGGAAACUACAGAGCCGUCACAUGAUGACACGCUGCAAUCUGAUUCGUCAGUUAUAGAGACGCAGAAAGAUUGGGUGGUUGUCACGGAUACUCCUACGAUCAACUCGUUUGACCUGUUUACAGAACCUGUUCUACCAGUUCAUGAACCACAGGCAUUCUUCAAAUGUUGUGAACUGCUCUCUAGUUUAGUACGAUCAGACUCUCACAUCACACCCUCUAACUUCCCCAUCACCUUGGCAACCAUACGAAGAUUCACGGAGAUUGCCGCUAGUCAAGGCUCACUCCAAUAUGACGAAACUAUUCCAAAAAAUCCGAAAACUGGCUCCAACAAAAAAGAUAAAAAUUCUCAAAAACAAUCAAAGGCUGCUAAAAAAUCUGAUGCUACGAAACAGACUAAUAGUCUAACGUAUGCCACGUCUUCAUUGCGAUUAUUGGAUUUGCUGGAUGCACUAUACACCAGAGUACCUCAUGUGUACGACGAACAAGCUGUUGCUGAGCUACACAGAUCGGUUGCUAAUGGCGACAGCGGUACGGAGAGUGGACUAUAUUCCCCAGCGAGUGACAAGGAAGGGACAGAGGGAGAGCAGCCUGGGGGACUGUUAUGGCAGGUGGCAUGGAGACCUCUGUUACAAGGUAUGGCUCGGAUGUGUUGUGAUGGUCGUCGCACUGUUAGACAGACUGCCAUAACGUACCUACAACGAGCGCUACUAGCACAUGAGCUCCAGGUACUGACUGCAGGGGAGUGGCUAGCCUGCUUCCAAGAGGUAUUCUUCCCGAUGCUGACUCGGCUGUUGGCUGACCUCCCCUGCUCAGACAGGGCUAGUGUGGAGGAGACCAGGGUCAGAGGAUCAAACUUACUCUGCAAGGUGUUUCUCCAGCACUUGCCGUCUCUCUCCCUCCUACCUACCUUCAAUGAUCUAUGGCUGACUAUACUCGACUAUAUGGACCAGUUCCUACACCUUGACAACUGUGACCUACUAUACGAAGCCAUCCCAGAGUCACUAAAGAACAUGUUAUUGGUCAUGUCGACACAAGGGAUAUUCGAUAUUGUUAAUAGCAGCCAAUCAGAUCCAAGUAUUCAUCUCUCGGCUAAAGAUGCCAUCUCCCAGUUGCUGUGGCAACAGACACAAGAACGAGUGGAAAAAUUCCUUCCAAAUCUACUCCGUGAUUUAUUUCCAGGGCUCGCUAGUCCGAAAAAGGCCACACCUACUAAAGAGGUGACCGUGGCAACUGUUGCCGUGGCAGUGCCAAGUCCUGCAGGGUCCCCCAUCAGGAGCACAUCAGCUUCUCCUCUCAGCACUAGCCCAGUGAUGGAGCUACACACAUCCUCCGACAGUCUCGAGGGUGCCUUCCCUAUCAUACUACACCCUCCACUACCACCGGCCGUUACCGUGGAACCCACUAGCAGCGACCAAUCGAAUGCCGGGAGCAAGUCAGACUCGACAACGUCCCUAAUAACACCGCUCGUGGUCUCAGUCUCUAGUCCAGUGUUACCAGGUGUUCCUGCUCCAAGUGUGAAUGGUCCCAUUCUGGUACCAAGCUCUCCACCAUACCCUGAGGCUGUAUCAGAAUCUGCUGGAGCCUCUGGAAUGGACUCGGAACAGUCUAGCCCUCAGAGACAGCAGCUUCCUAUGCAGUUCUCCGCUUCUGUGUAUAACAUGUAAUCUUAAUUGGUGUACGUGUUUUCAUAUCAAAAUUAUUGCAAUUGUUUGAAAUUCGAAA